AAUUCAUAACAGAAGUUAUCUCAGGACACUUUUCAAAUAGAGCAGGUCUAGACCGAACUCUUUAUAACAUAUACAUAUACUAAUAUCAAUACACUCAGUGAGUGAUUUGAUAAUGAGGUCAGACUGCUGUUGUGGGCGUCCCCUUGAAUUGAAAGGGUUAAAAGAAGCAGAAUCAGUGUCCCAGCUCAGUUGGUGGGUCGCAGUGUGGCUUCAACGGGUGAGCAGAUCAAUGUUAGGAUUCAUCACAACUUUGACUUUAACUAAGGAAGUUUGAAGUAUUUGUGACAUUUGUUUUCAAUCAGUUGAAUCUGACUGGUGUUCAUACACUGAGGUGUGUUUAUAUAUUAUUGAUGUUUUCUUUCACAUCAGAAAUGUAAACUUGUUAAACUUUCACACAGUUGUGAGAAAAUGUUGGAUACAGUAGUUACUGUGAUAUGUAAAUCCACUGAACAGUGUUGAUAAUUGCUUUAAGAACCAAAAGGAGGAUGAUGUUAAAUGCCACAAAGGUUUCAUAUUUCACACUUGGUGCCUACUUUGACACUGGAACCUUUAAAUACUUAUAUUUCUUGAUUGUUCUUACUUUUUAUAUUUUAAUUGUUUGUGCCAAUCUUUUGCUCAUUGUGAUUAUCUGUAUGAACAGAAGCUUACAUGAACCUAUGUACAUAUUUCUGUGCAGCCUGUUUGUAAAUGAACUGUAUGGUAGUACAGGGUUGUUUCCAAUGCUUCUGGUUCAGAUUCUCUCUGACAUUCACACUGUUUCUGCUUCAUUUUGUUUCCUGCAGAUUUACUGUUUGUACUCGUAUGGAGGUGUAGAAUUUUUGACCUUAGCCGUCAUGUCUUAUGACAGAUAUCUUGCUAUCUGUUAUCCUCUACAAUAUAACACACGUAUGACAUUUAACAAGAUUGCUAUCCUUACUGCUGUAAUAUGGUUCUACCCUUUUCUUAUCAAUACUCUCAUAGUGGCUGGUUUGACUCUCCCUUUACAGCUGUGUGGGAACAUCAUUAACAAAGUGUACUGUGACAACUAUUAUGUUGUCAAAUUGGCAUGUUCUGACACAACAGUUAAUAACAUCUUUGGACUUUGUCACAUGUUUACAGUAAUCUUUGGUCUCAUAAUUCUAAUUAUUUACACUUACAUAAGGAUCCUUAAAGUUUGUUUUUCUGGUUCCAAACAGACCAGACAGAAAGCUGUCAGUACCUGCACACCUCACCUUGUUUCUCUGCUCAACUUUUCUUGUGGCUGUUUCUUUGAAAUAGUGCAGAGCAGGUUUAUUAUAAACAAUUUACCCAACAUUUUGCGCAUUUUUUUGUCUUUAUACUGGCUGACAUGCCAACCACUCUUUAACCCUUUAUUGUAUGGACUGAAAAUGUCCAAAAUACGCAUUGCAUAUAAAUGUUUACUCUUUGGAGAAAAAAAUUAAUACAAAUGUCUUAUAUGUAUGUUAUAUGUUAACAGAUUUGCAACAGAAUAAAAAUAAAUACAUUAAAUAAAUGA